CACUACCAUCCCGACCCAACCUCUGCUUGGAGAAGCAAGCUAAUAAUGAAAGGGAACCCCCGUUCAUCAUGUCCUAAUGGCAUCGUCUGUUGACCCGGAAGUAUUCUCACCGAGGUUGGUCAGGUGAUAUCGGCCGGAUCAUCAGUCAUACUUCCAACGUGGCCAAGUCGAGACGUUUUCACCAAAGACCACAAGAUGGGAGACAUGACAACUGCCGACUCACUGAAGCCUCAGCCUAACAUCAUCUCCAGGGCCUCCACACGGCUGGGACAGAUCUACCAGUCAGUGCUGGAUAAGUCCACUCCGCACACAGCUGCCCGAUGGAUCUUCACACUCGUUGUCUUCGUCUCAUAUGCCAUCAGAGUCUACCUUCUAAAGGGUUGGUACAUUGUGACAUAUGCCCUGGGGAUCUACUAUCUCAACCUGUUCAUCGCCUUCCUGUCACCCAAGGUGGACCCUUCCAUGGAAGACAAUGAGGAUGGACCGUCACUUCCUACCCGGUCCAGCGAGGAGUUUAGACCCUUCAUCAGAAGGUUACCCGAGUUCAAGUUCUGGUAUUCAGGUACAAAAGCUAUCGUCAUCGCCAUGACCUGCACGUUCUUCGAGGCGUUCAAUGUGCCGGUGUUCUGGCCAAUCCUGGUGAUGUACUUCAUCAUCCUCUUCUGCAUCACCAUGAAGAGACAAAUCAAGCACAUGAUCAAGUACAGGUACCUCCCCUUCACCCAUGGCAAGACCAAGUACAAGGGAAAGGACGACUCUGGAAAGGUCUUCUCUAGUUAGGUAACUGAUGUCACGGGGGAAGUACAAAGGAUUUGAAGAGGAAACAGCUUAUGUAUAACCUGUAGAAAGCUGACUUGGCAUAGUAUAUCUUUUUUGUGAACAUUUAAAACAUUUCUAUGUUGUCAACCAAACAAAACAUUAUAAUGAGCUGCAGGUAGAAAUGACACAAAAGUGUUGAUAAUAUUGAAUUGAAAUGUAAGUAUGAAAAUCUGCUUAAAUCAGCUCUUUUGAACAAGGCCUCUUUUGAGUGUUGCUUUUUAUGUAAAUGGUUUUGAUUGUCACUGAAUAAUGGUUGUCCAAAAGGUUUUCUUCCCUACUAUAGCACACACACAUACACACACACAUAAUUUUGUAUUCACUCUAGACCAUAAAUUGUUUGAGGACUAAGAUUUACACAGUUUCAAGUUUUACUCAGAAAUAACUGAAUUGUGUUUCUGAUGAGAAAUUUGCAUGUAUGCCUGUAUGCCCGUUGUUACAGACUAAUUCUGUACAUGUGUGAAUGUAUUAUAGGUCACAUUGUGCAGUCUUCUCAUUGAAAUGUUGUAAAUAGUUUGGGUGUUGGUCAUUUAUAUAAUACAUGUGUAUAAAUAUAAAUCAGAGAUUUGACUUGUAGUUGACAAAGUGCAAGUUUACAGACCAGAUGUUGAUUCAGAGGUUAAAUCUGACAUUGAUGGUUUAAAUUUUGAUGUCAUUGCUAGUUUCUUUCUUUGGUUCAUGGACCUUCCUCAUUUCAAAAGGCAGAGGGCAGCUAUCCAAACAAAAUGAAGUAUAACAUCUACAGGUUUGGAAUAACUUAUGGCCAUCCUUUGGGAAAAUUUUAGUUUGAAGUUUUUAAAACAUUUAUCUGGAAAAAGAGAACUUUAGGGUGUCUGGUAAAUGUCCAGGUAAAUUAUCGAACGAUAAAGAGCUUGCUAUCUGUUUUUUCUCUCAAAUAUGUUAUAUAGAAAAGUAGCAGCAUUCCUUAUAGCGUUACUACACCUACAUGUCUACCAUUGCCAUAUAUUCACUCUAUGGUAACAUUUUUUCAAUAGCCCCAGGAUCCCCCAAAAUGUACUGUUUUUCAUGGAAUGCAUUCUAAAACAUGUUUUCUACCAGUUGUUCUAAAAUUCAUAUUUUAACCCUAUUACUCGGGCAUAGCAAACAGAAAUGUGAUACUAUCAAUUCUUCAUCCAUGAACCAAGGAAUGAAUUGGUGUUCAUAAAUGUGUUGAUAUUUCAAUGAAAGCUGCUGAAGUAUAUUUGGAAAAACACAGUUGUAAUUGUAAAGCAGCAGUCUAAGUGAAAAGUGCAAGAGAAUGAAGAAUCUUAGGUGUAUUUAUGAUGUUUGAAAUGCAGUAACAUUAAAACAAUACAGAGUGUGUAAACUGCACA